ACAGAACAGAACAAAAAUGACAAAUGAAAGUGAAUUAACACGUUUCAUACAGAUAUACAAAAUAUGUUCCACAAUCAAUAAUAGCAGGCUAGCAUUGUUUUUUCUAUGUUAAACAUGCCCAAAACCCCUUGUGCAGAAGAAAAAUGAGUUUUGAGAUGUCCUCUUGAUUAGUUAAUGGUGAGAAAUGCAAUGCCAAAGCUUGAUAGCAAAAACCAAAUAAUUUAGAUGCUAAAGCAAACAAGUGUUUGCUAUUCAUAUUAACAGAGAAGUACAAGUAAUUGGUGUCAAAGCUAUGACGAAUAGUUAGCACAUAUGCUUUGAUAUUUUGGGAUGUGGGGCUCAUAGGUGGAAGAUUUAGGUUACAGGAAGAUUGAAUCAUGAAUAAUAACUUUAAGUGAAUAUAUGAACUGCAAAACCCAUUCUGAAUCUGAAAAGCGACAACUAGUGUCAAAAACUAAUCCAAAAUUUUUUACUCAACUUCAGAAAGAUAUUUUACACCAGGCUAAAAGAUCUCCAUUAGUACACAAAUAGUGUUUGUAAGAUAUUUUAGCAUUUUCUGAAGAAAAUAUGCUAUAUGCUACAUUGUUGUGGUUAACUGCCAGGGUAUUGCUAUUUCUAAAGUGUUAUGAAGAAAAGAUGAAUGCUGCUUCCUAGUGAUCAUUAACGAACAUGCAGGGCACACAAAAAGUUUCCCUUUUGUUCAUACUACGAGCAUGUACUGAAUUUGAUGAAGAACAUUUUUUAGGUUACACUUUAUUUGAAGGUGUCUUUAUUACACUGUAAUUAUACAUUUAAGUACUAACUACUUACUACAGGGUUAGGAUUCAGGUUUGGUUUGGUUUAGGGUUAGUUGCAUGAAAUUAUGCAUCAUUUAUAGUUAUUACUAUAGUAACUGCAUGUAACACAUGUAACAAUGACACUGUAAAAUACAGUAUUACUUACUGACUUUCUUAGUACCUAUAGCACUUACAUUUAAAAAGAUAAGCUUAGCUCUCCGCCAUUUUGUAUUUAUCCUCAACUCCUAUGGCAUUAUGGGAUAGCAAAUUGUAGACUUUUUGCACACUUUAGAAUCUCAACAAAUGCAGAAUAUUGUCUAUUUCAUGAAUAUUAAUGUAUUAUUGAUCUGGAAUCAUAAUUUAUUUUCUCAACUUGAACCAGCUAGCUAGCAGCAUAUUUAGCUCCAUUAUCUUCCUCUGUUAGUGUCUUUAACAUCCGAGUGCUGAUUUUGUUUUCUCUGGACACUUCUAGCCAUCUAUCAAAAGGUUUAUGCUUAAAAUAUAUAUUUUUAUAUACUAGUUAAGUCCUCUAAGAGCAUUUACUACAUUUGGUAGCCAUAGUAGCCGUUUUUUGCUAGUCGUAAAGAAUAUGUAUGUAUUAUACAUGAAUAAGCAAAUAAUUAGGGAAAACUGCCUGUGUGUUUUUGGGUGGAAGUAGGUCACAUUGAAGCCAUAUAAGCUUAUCUAAUCCCCUGAAAUUUGGCAGAGAUUUUAGCUCGCAGCCAGGAAUGGCAUUUUGUGUGUAUCCGAGCUUGCAUGUACACACAUUUGCAAGUGUAUUACACAUGUUUGUUUGUUUUUUUACUACAAGCGGUUGUGUAGCCUAGAAUGGUUAAACAUUCUGUAUAGGAAGUUGGUUCACAGAAAACCAAAAAUGUCAAUAUGAGUGCAUGUGGAUGUGUGUGCAUACCUACCAACACAGCUGAAAAAACACACAUCCAAACAGACCCCUGUGCACGUUGCCAUCUCUAUACCCCAUAAUCCACCUGUCUUUUUCUAGAAAGCACUGACUCAAUUUUUGGAUCUGAUUUUCAUGACAAAGCGAAUGUCCUCUUUACAGAGAGAUGUCUGGGUAUAAAAGAGCCAGAGUGGGACGGGCCUGAACCAGCACAGCUCCACACCUCUACCCCCUCCACAGGCGCCACCACCAGCUGAACCUCUACAGAAUGGGCCGGAUCAUUUUCUACGAGGACAAGAACUUCCAGGGCCGUCGGUAUGAGUGCGACAGCGACUGUUCGGACUUCCAUGCCUACCUGAACCGGUGUAACUCCAUCCGCGUGGAGAGUGGGUCUUGGGUGGUCUACGAGAGGCCCAACUUCAUGGGCUACCAGUAUGUUCUGACCCGGGGUGAGUACCCAGAUUACCAACGCUGGAUGGGUCUGAACGACCGCCUCUGCUCCUGCAAGAUGAUCCACUUUGUAAGCGGUUCUGAGUACAAGAUCCAACUCUAUGACAAAGGAGAUUUUGCCGGCCAGGUGUACGAGACCACCGAGGACUGUCCAUCUGUGGUGGACCGCUUCCGUACACGCGAGGUCCACUCCUGUAAGGUGCUGGAUGGGAUCUGGAUCUUCUACGAGCACCCAAACUACAGGGGGCGCCAGUACCUACUGGAGAAGGGGGAAUAUCGUAAGCCCGUUGACUGGGGCGCCGUCUGCCCCACGGUUCAGUCCUUCAAACGCCUACAGAGUGAUGUCUGAACUGUAAAUCCAUCCAUCUGCAGUCCUCUUUACCUGCCCAACCACAACAGCACCGACACAC